AUUUCAGCUUCUUUUAUGUCCAGAAGAUAGUUUGUUGGCUUCUCGUCUUAUUCGAAUUUAUUUUGGAUUUUUUAAAGCCUGUACAAGAACAGGUGAAGUUGAAAAUAAAAUGAUGAGUGCCUUAUUGACUGGAGUAAACAGAGCUUUCCCAUUUGUUAAAGAUGACAAAUUAGUGUUAAUUGAACAAAUGGAUACUUUGUAUCAAAUAGUUCACUUAGUCAGUUUUAAUAUCAGCAUCCAAGCUCUUAUGUUGUUGUUUCAGGUUCAUGGUUUAGAUGAAACUCUAUCAGAUCGAUUUUAUGUGGUUUUAUAUAAAAAACUAUUAGACCCAGGAUUAAGUCAUUCUACAAGACAGACAAUGUUUCUGAACUUAAUAUAUCGUGCUUUAAAACGAGAUCACAUUGAACAGAGAGUUAAAGCAUUUGUUAAAAGAUUAUUUCAGGUUUGUGAAUAUCAAGCUCCUGGUCUUGUGUGUGGUACUUUAAUUCUCGUAUCUCAGUUAUUGAAAGAACAUCCAAAUCUUCUAAAUAGUAAUAAUAUUAGUAUUGCUAGUAGUGAUGAUGGUGAGGAUGAUGACAGUUAUGAACAUUAUGAAGAUGUAUCAGAGAAUGAAGAAAGAACAAAAGAGUCUAAUUUUAAAUCUAAUUCAAAACAAAAUUCGUCUUGGUUGCAUCGAAAUAAUCUUCAAGUACAUGGAUGCACAGCAUCAAAACUUUAUAAUCCUAAUCACAGAAAUCCAUUAUAUGCUGGUGCUGAAUAUAGUAUUCCAUGGGAAUUAACAUUGUUAACAAAACAUUUUCAUCCAUCAGUAAGUGUUUUUAGCCAGCAGGUACUAAAAGGUAAAUGCAUUGAAUAUGAUGGUGAUCCAUUGCAUGAUUUUACACUCAUCAAAUUUCUUGAUAAAUUUGUAUACCGAAAUCCAAAGAAAUCAAAACUAUCUCCUUGUGAAAAUGAACGCCAAAAAAUAUUUGGACGUCAACAUCAAUUAAAACAACAAUCUUUAAAUAUUAAUUCUUCAAAUUCUGAUAAUGCUCGGCCAGAAGAAAAGUUUCUUUAUCAAUAUUUCCAAACCAAUAAUUUCAAACAAAAGGAUGAAAAGAAAGAUAAAGAUUCAGAUGUGGAAAGUGUUGCCAGUGAAGAUUUUGAAGCCCUUUUGGAUAAAUUUGAACCUGGCUUUAAAUCAGAUGAACUCAAUUUUGCUGCUGAUAUUUCUGAUCAGAAACAAACAAAAAAACGAAAGAAGAGAAAAAGUGAAAGUUAUAGUAAUGAUGAUGAUGACGACGAUGAUGAUGAAUAUGAUUUUAAUGACGAUGAUGAGUUCAAUGAAGCAUUUAAAGAUUUUGAAAGUGAUUUAGAAAAUAUUCAAACUACAGAUAUAAAUGAUAUUCCAGUAUCAAAAAGCAAUUCUAAAAGAAGAAAAUUGGCUACAAAGAAAGUAGACAGCAAUAAAGAUGAAGCUUUUGCCUCUGCAGAACAGCUCUCCUGUAUAUUGGAAGAUAAUCAAAGUAAUGUAGAAGGAUUGAAUAUGCACAGUUUAAUAAAUAAAGACAAAUCACGUGAGUAAUUAAAAUACAGUUGACCCCCCUAUAACACGGGUUCAUAUAGUUCGGAUUCCUACAUAAUGGAAAAAAAAUUGGAACAGUAUUUGUACAAACACGCUAAAAAAUCUCGUAUAAUUCGGCAAAAUGUCAUUGCCAAAUCGUGUCGCGACAGGAUUGGUCGAAUCUAGACCAAUAGCGAAUAUUGCACAAACCGUUGAGUUUAAACGAGCAACGAACCUACUAAAGAACAUUUAUUAUUUAACGUCCAUAAAAAUUAUAUUUAUAUUAAUGAUGUCUCCAAAGUUAAGAGAAUUUUUCGCAAAAAAAAUAAUUUAUCAGAAAGCACGCAAGCGCCAUUCGUUAACAAGCCGCACGACGAAAACAAGC